AUGGGAAUCUUGUCACGCAGCCCAACUAGUAGUAGGAGAUCAGAAGACAAUGGCAUGAAGCUUCUUGCAACUGCUUCCUUUGCUGUAGCUUUUGGCAUUCUCCUUGGACUCUCUUUUCCAUCUUUCUGGAUCACUCAGAUAUGGAUUCCUUCAAAUCCUAGAGGCGCUGAGAGAUUACCACCCGGAAUUAUUGCAUCUGAAUCAGACUUGUACUUGCGCAGAUUGUGGGGAAACCCUGAAGAAUUUUCAGACAACUUUACGAUUGUUCUGUUUCAUUACGAUGGGAUUACAAGCGAGUGGAAUGAUGAAUUUGAGUGGUCGAAGAAUGCAAUACACAUCAGUGUCUUGAAGCAGACUAAAUGGUGGUAUGCAAAGAGAUUCUUGCACCCUAACAUUGUAGCGCGAUACGAUUAUAUAUUCAUAUGGGAUGAAGAUCUUGGAGUAGAUCACUUUGACGCAGAAGAAUACUUACACAUGGUCAAAAAGCAUGGCCUUGAGAUUUCACAGCCUAGUUUGGACCCAGAGAAAGGGGUUACAUGGGAGAUCACUAAAAGAAGAGAACAUAUUGAAGUCCACAAGGAAACAGCUGAGAAAAUAGAAUGGUGCUCUGAUCCUCCUCGGCCUCCAUGUGCUGGAUUUGUGGAGAUAAUGGCUCCUGUGUUCUCAAGAGAUGCAUGGCGCUGCGUGUGGCAUUUGAUCCAGAAUGAUUUAGUUCACGGAUGGGGUCUUGACUUUGCACUCAGAAGAUGUGUUCAGGAGCCUGCAUAUGAGAAGAUAGGAAUAGUAGACUCUCAGUGGAUCGUUCACCAAUUUAUCCCUUCACUUGGCAGCCAGGGAAAGGCAGAAGAAGGAAAAUCUCCAUGGCAAGGGGUGAGAGAUAGAUGCCAUGUAGAAUGGAAAAUGUUCGAGAGCAGAGUGGAUAACGCGGAGAAGGAUUAUUUCAAAUCGUUACAAGUUCAAAGCCCAUCCAAUUCAACCACCUUUUGA